ACGUGUUGGCAUGGUAACAGUAAUGGUUCAGGGUUUUAGCCACGGAGGGAUUCAUCGAGACACUAAACGAUCUUUGGCGGCACCGGGCAACCGGCUAGGAAACAGUGCAGGGAAAGUUUUCCGCGCCUUCUUUGUUGUGUCUGCCACUACAUUUACAUGUACCUACCUACUACCAGCUAUUUAUUUUUCAUAAACCAUGAGGCGUACAAGAAGUUCAAGAAGCAAAAGUCAGAGUGCACAAGAAACUAAAGAAGUCCAGCCAAAAACAGUGUGGCAGUGGAAAGGAGAUGAAGAUCAGUGGGAACCAUACUCGCCUUCAGCAUGCGCCCUGUUGGACUCAGCCGUCUCGUCAGGGAAAACAUCUGUCACUCUGUCUCUGGGCCCUGGGACGCCCUACGAAGUCGACCUGAAGAAGAUGGUCCAGAUAAAUCCUGUCACCAAGUACAAGAGGAAGAUUCGCUCUCAGACAGUAAAACCAGAAAGUUUGAAUGAUGCUGCUGAGUUGACUGCUCAGAAUGAGAGGCCGGUUCAGGUUAAAGAGGAAGAGGAGGAGUCGGAAAAGCAGCCUGCAGCUAAGCGGAAGAGAGGACAGAGCAAGAGUCAGACAACUGAAAAAAUGCCCAAAGAAGAAAUAAAAAGUGAAGAGGUUGUGAGGACGGUUGUCAUGAAGGGAAAAGCUCCGGUGGACGUUGAAUGUAAAGCCAAACUCGGAAAGGCACAUGUUUACAAUGAAGGAAAUGAUGUUUACGACGUGAUGCUAAAUCAGACAAAUCUUCAAUUGAACAACAACAAAUACUACCUGAUCCAGCUGUUGGAAGACGACAACUCCAAGGCUUACAGUGUGUGGAUGAGAUGGGGCAGAGUGGGGAAAGUGGGUCAAAGCAGUCUAACGGCCUGUGGUGUAGACCUGCUAAAAGCCAAAGAUGUCUUCAAGAAAAAGUUUUUAGACAAGACCAAGAAUGAGUGGGAACACCGAGCGAAUUUUGAGAAAGUAGCUGGGAAAUAUGACAUGGUGUUCGUGGACUACAGCACCAAUGAAAAGCAGGAGAAGAGCCCAACAGCAGUAGAUGCUGCACCCAAAAAGAGGCCCUCCAAGCUGGAUGUUAGGCUCCAGUCGCUCCUGGAGCUAAUCUGCGACCUCAAGGCCAUGGAGGAGUGUGUGCUGGAGAUGAAGUUUGACACCCGGAAAGCACCUCUUGGCAAGCUGACCUCAGAGCAGAUUCGUGCAGGCUACACGGCACUGAAGAAAAUUGAGAACUGUUUGAAGAAGAAGAGCAGCAGUCGCGAGCUGCUGGAAGCAUGCAACCAGUUCUACACCCGCAUCCCUCAUGACUUUGGGUUGAAAACUCCACCAAUCAUUCAUACAGAAGAUGAGUUGAAGGAAAAAAUUGCGCUGUUGGAGGCUCUGAGUGACAUUCAGAUAGCAGUGAAAAUGGUUCAAUACAGUGAAGACAGUGACGAACAUCCUCUGGACAGACAGUACAGCUCCCUCCGGUGCCAGAUGGAGCCUCUGGCCUCCAGCAGCCAUGAGUACAUGGUGAUAGAAAAGUAUCUACAGUCCACCCACGCCCCCACCCAUCGUGACUACACCAUGACUGUGCUUGACAUCUUCUCAGUGGACAGAGAGGGGGAGAGUAACAACUUCCUCUCACAGAUGCACAACAGGACUCUGUUGUGGCACGGUUCCCGCCUGACUAACUAUGUUGGUAUCCUCAGUCAGGGGCUUCGAGUGGCCCCACCUGAGGCUCCCGUCACUGGUUACAUGUUUGGAAAAGGUAUCUACUUUGCUGACAUGUCAUCAAAGAGUGGCAACUACUGCUUUACCAAUCAGAACAACAACGUGGGACUGCUGCUACUGUGUGAGGUUGCUCUAGGAGACAGCAACGAGCUGCUGGAUGCCGACUACGAGGCCAACAAUUUGCCUCCUGGGAAACACAGCACCAAGGGCCUUGGACAGACUGGACCUGACCCCAAAAACUCUGUCAAGCUGGAUGGUGUGACCGUGCCGAUGGGUCCGGGUGUGAAGACGGGGGUGGGUAAAAACAACUGUUACUCCCUCCUGUACAACGAAUUCAUCGUUUACAACCCUGCCCAGACUCGCAUGAGGUACCUGCUGCGGGUCAAGUUCAACUACUCUUCACUGUGGUGAGGCCGUUAACAAACAGUAUAGAUGUGUAAAAUCUGGAGGUUCUGGUCCAUUUGCUCUUCACAAAGCAGGGAUUAUGUUUUACCUUGUCAUUCUUUGUAUGCCGUUAGAUUCUGGUUCUUGGGGAAAAGGAUGUUAAACCGGAAUACUGCUGAUACUGGGUGGGUGGUUAACGGACAUCUUUACUUUCUUGGUGAUGUAGAGCUGCAAGAAAAUGUAAUUUUAUCAGUGAAUGCCAAAAUGUUAUUGCUGCUUUUCUUUGUCAUAUCUAAUAUCAUUGGGGUUUAAACGGUUGGUGAAAGGACACCGACAAAACUGCUUUGACUUGUUUCCUCAGUGGGUUUUCUCUUGUUGGACAAUAUUGCAUCUCUGUUCUUUUUGAGUUAGAAAAAUGUUGGGGCCCUGUGAAAGAAAAAGGACUGAACAUUGAUGGAAGUGUGAGAUCCUAAAAUGAGGAUAAAUCUGUGUAAAAUUAGGAAAGAUGCAGAACGUUUUGCACUACAUUUUGUCCAUGGUUUGUAGGUCUCGUCAUCAUUGUAAAGUGUAUUGUAUUGCCUUUUGGUCUCUGUUUUCUGCUGUAUGAAACAAAAAUGACUUUAUGGAUUGGUUGGAUUAUCAGCGUCUGGAUUUAGUUACGUAACAAAGUCAUUUGGAAGUUCUUUAAGCAGGUUUGAAUUGGGCAUUUAUACUAAAUAAAUACCUACAUUUAGUUGAAUGUGUCUUAUUAAUGCUCAGAAAACGGGAGAA